AUGACUGCAGAUUCCAACACUGAAGUGCCAAAAGGCAACAACGCCCCCAGUGCUGCCGGAACAUCCGUACCAGCGGGGGCUGAAAUCCCUUUACAUCCGCCCCCUCAUGUAGAGAUCCUAGAACGAAAUAUCGACACCUCGAGGCAACUGAGAGUGGCAGUGAUUGGAGCGGGACUGUCAGGGGUUACAGCAGGAAUACUCCUCCCUGCAAAGGUUCCGGGAAUCAAGCUCACAAUCUUUGAAAAGAACGCCGAUGUGGGUGGAACAUGGUUCGAGAAUGUUUACCCCGGUGUGAGGUGUGACGUUCCAGCGCAUGUAUACCAGUCAACAUUCGAUCCAAACACGCAAUGGACCGAACAGUUUGCACAGGGUGCCGAGAUCAGAGACUACUGGCAAAGCCUAGCCAAGAAAUACUCUGUGUAUCAGUAUCUCAAGCUAUCUCACCAGGUGCAGGACCUAAAUUGGGACGGUUCCAAGGGCAGUUGGUCCAUCCGCGUCACAAACCUUUUGAACCAGCAGGAGUCGGUCGAGGAGUUCGACUACGUUCUGACAGCUAUUGGGCGAUUCAAUGCCUGGAAGCUCCCCGACUACCCUGGAAGAGAUGAUUUCAAGGGUUUGUUAAGACAUGCCUCGCAUUACGACCCAUCUUUUGAUCUGAGCGGAAAGCGCGUCGCUAUCAUUGGGAACGGGGCGAGUGGCAUCCAGCUUACUGCGAACAUCCAGAAGAGGGUCGCCCAUCUAGAUCACUACGCACGAAACAAGACCUGGGUCACGGCAUCCUUUUCUGGUGACGUGACCUCUCUCUCCCCCAUCGAGAUCCCACCAGAGAAGAGGGAAUCCUUUGCCGACCCCAAGGAAUACCUCAAGUAUCGCAAGCAGGAAGAGGAGAAGUACUGGAGAGGUUUCAAAGGCUGGCUCAAGGGCACUAAGGAGAACGAGGCGCGCCGCGCUGAGUAUCUUAAAAUUUAUCAAGACAGACUUGCAGCCCACCCAGAGCUGUUAGAGAAACUUGUCCCAGAUUUCUCUCCUGGUUGCCGCCGCCCCACGCCAGGUCCGGGGUACCUUGAAGCCAUCUCAUCAAGCAAUGUGGAAUAUAUCCAAACUGAGAUCAAGCGCUUCACCGAGACUGGCAUAGAGACGACUGACGGGAAGCAUCGUGAGGUCGAUGCAAUCUUCUGCGCUACCGGGGCUAACGUGGAUCAAGUACCCCCGUUCAAGAUCUACGCCAACGGAAAGGAGCUUGGGGAAGUCUGGAAGAGAGGUGGUGAGUUUGGGUCACCUUACACCUAUCUUGGUGUAUCGAGCCCAGGCUUCCCCAACCUCGGCUUUAUCCUUGGCCCUUAUGGAUUCGGCAGUUCCGGCUCCAUCCCUUACACUGUCGAGGUUCAGAUUGCCUUCUACUCCAAACUUCUCCGUAAAAUCGACCUCGAGGGGAUCAAAUCGAUACAGGCAAAGAAGGAUGCCACGGACGAGUUUAUUCAGUGGAGCGAUUCCCUUUUCCAGAAGACGGUACUGUCCGACAACUGCAGCUCUUGGUACAACGGAGGGAACAGAGGCGGGAGAGUCCAUGGAAUAUGGCCUGGUAGUUCUGGCCACAUGGCUACAGCUCUUCGUCAACCAAGGUGGGAAGAUUGGGAAUACGAGCUUCUCAAUAAAUCAGGAAACCGUUUUGCUUGGUUUUUCGGGAACGGAGUUACCUCCAAGGAAUUAGAUCCAGAGGCUGAUGUAACAAGCUACCUGAAGGAGCCUUCCCAAGUUGAUAUCAAAGAUGUCCAUGAGACCUGGUGGGGAAUUCCAUAG